AUGGCACCUCCAAAACACCCCGCCACACGCGCAAAAAACCCCGGCGCCGGCGCCAAGAAGCACCGGCCCAACCACGGGCGGCAGCAGCUCCGGCACGUGACGCGCACCGCCCGCCGGCCCGCGCCCGCCGCGGAAGACGCCGUGGAGCCCGCGUCGCUGCUGGAAGACGAGCUGGCGGCGCCCGCCACCGCCGCCCCGGCGCCGCCCAAGUUCCAGGAGGGCAAGGCCUACGACGCGCUCUUGACGCUCUUGACGGCGGAGCAAAAAACGGCGCCGAUCCGCCGCCGCAGCCCCGAGCAACGGCGCACGGACCGGCCCCUGGCGCCGGGUGCCGACGACGACAUCAAUGCCGGCGCCAAUCUCGCGGAUGACCCGGACUCCGACACGGACUCUGACGCGGGCGCGUCCUCCGACGCGGACGACGCGCCCGGGGCCGCGCCUGCCUGCGACCCGUUCGAGGCGCACUUCAACCUGGUCUCGGACUCGGCCAUCGAGCUCAAAAGCAAGGCCGCGGCCGGCCACAAGUGGCCGCUUGCCGAGCGCACGGAGUUCGGCAGCCCGGCGUACGUGGCGCAGGUGCACGAGCCGCCCGGCGGCGCCCUCGGCAGCGGCCGUGUGGACGGCGGCGGCCUGUUCAGCAGCUUCGCCACGGUCAAAAACAGGGUGCGGGCCGGGUACUUGGCGCAGCACGGCGACGCGCUCACGGCGCUCGACGCGGCGGUGCUCCGGCGCAUGCUCGAGUACCGGGACGUCAGCUUCGCGUGCCAGCUGCACACGAACACGGCGUACCAGAAGCUCUACAUCGCGCACGUGCUCAACCACACGUUCAAGACGCGUGACCGGAUCUUGAAGAACAACGACAAGCUCCGCGCGUACGGCGACGCGCUCCGGAACGGCACGUUGGCGCCCGGCGCCGCGGAGCCGGAGUUGCGCGACCAGGGCUUCACGCGGCCCAAGGCGUUGAUUCUCUUGCCCACGCGCCACGCCGCGUACGAGGUGGUGGAGCAGCUCAUCCGGCUCUCCGGCGCGGAGCAGCAGGAGAACCGCAGGAAGUUCAAGCUGCAGUUCUUCCAGGACGGCAUGCCGCCCGAGACCAAGCCCGCGGACUUCCGGCGCAUGUUCCAGGGCAACUCCAGCGACUUCUUCAGCGUGGGCAUCAAGUUCACGCGCAAGACCGUCAAGCUCUACGCGUCGUUUUUCAACGCGGACGUGUUGGUGGCGUCGCCGCUCGGCUUGUCCAUGAUCCUCGAGGACCCCAAGCAGGCCAAGCGCGAGUACGACUUCUUGUCGUCCAUCGAGGUCUUGGUCGUGGACCACGCCAACCAGAUCGAGAUGCAGAACUGGGACCACGUGGCCACGGUGCUCAGGUACGUCAACCGAAUCCCCAAGAACUCCCACGGCGCGGACUUCUCGCGCAUCCGCAUGUGGGCCAUCAACGACCAGGCCCGCUACUUGCGCCAGACGCUUGUGUUCUGCGAGUUCCUCACGCCCAACGUCAACAGCAUGCUCUCGCGCUCCGCCAACCUCGCGGGCAAGGCGCGCUUCCGCCCCGUGGUCACGGCCCAGACGUGCAUCAUGAACUCCGUGGGCUUGAAGAUCAAGCAGAUCUUCCAGCGCUUCGACGCGCCGGACCCGCAGACGAGCCACGACGCGCGCUUCAAGUUCUUUGUCAACGCCGUGCUCCCCGCGGUCACCAAGCAGCUGUCCUACGAGGACGGGCUCCUCAUCUACAUCCCGUCGUACUUCGACUACGUGCGUGUCAAGGCGCACAUGAAGCGCCACACCAAGCUCGACUUUGCGUCCAUCGACGAGUACCUGUCGCGGCCCAAGGUGUCGCGGGCCCGCCACCACUUUGCGGCGGGCAAGACCAAGCUUUUGCUCUACACGGAGAGAUUGCACCACUUCCGCCGCUACGAGCUUGCGGGCGUCAAGAACGUGUUGGUGUACGAGGCCCCGGCGAACCCGCAGUUCUACAAGGAGCUCUUGCGCUUCGUGGGCAAGUCCAUAUACAACGGCCAGGCGGACGUGGACUUGUCUUUUGUGAAGACGCUCUACUCGAAGUGGGACGCGGCGGCGUUGGAGCGGAUCGUGGGCAACGAGCGCACGCCUGUUCUCUGCAACGCUGUGAACGAGCUUUACGAGUUUCGGUAG